AAUGGCUGCCUCUCUCAUCUAAACCUCUGCUCAAAGGAUUAAAUGAGCGCAGAAUAGGACGCGGCAGCGGCGCCUCCGACCCGACGCGAUGCUGCUGGACACCGGGCUGUAGUCUGUGCUGCGGCCUCUCGAACAUGUUGUGGUUGUCAGAGACGGAAAAUGUAUACGAGUCGAAAUUAACCCUUCGCUGCCCAACAUCCACCAACAAAUGAGAAAAUGAUGCAUCAAGUGACCAGCAGCAACAGUGACUAUUGCAUGAGUGGCCUGGCUGAGGACUGUCACCCAGCCAGCCACUUUGACUUAUGUAGCACGCAGUCCAACAAAUUCUACCCCUCUCCCACAAACCCAAGCUUGCAGCUGUCUCUCGCCGGCCUCGCCCCCUUGCCACAGGGCAUGCACAAAGCCAUGGCGUGCCAAAUGCAAGACGCCCAGAACGACUUCCAGGCUCAGGCGGCGAGAAUCCGUGGCGCUGAGGCUGCAGGGCCCGAUGGCUCCAAAAAGAAGAAAGGCGUAGUGAAGUCAGGACGGAGAGGGAGACCAUCGGGCACCACAAAGUCUGCCGGUUACCGUACGAGCACUGGACGGCCGCUCGGAACAACUAGGGCAGCUGGGUUCAAAACCAGCCCGGGGCGGCCCCUUGGUACCACCAAAGCAGCCGGAUACAAGGUCAGCCCCGGUAGGCCCCCCGGCAGCAUCAAGAGUCUCGCCCGGCUCAAGAAGCUGGAGUUCGAUUGCGACAGCGGCAAGAAACUUGACUUUAGCAACUGCAGUGUUCCCAAGAAACUGGACUUCACUGGCUGUGAUGUCCCACCUUUUCCAUACGCCAUGAUGGAGAAAAGAGACCUCUGUGAGCCCAGUAGCAAAGUGGACGAGUCCAGAGAAUAGUUCUGUGGGUGCAUCCGGCCAGAGGACGCUGAGGAAACAUUUCUCUCAAAUGUUCUAGGAAGUAACUUUGUCGUUAAGAAAUGGCUCUGACUGAGUUUUCACUGUACAGUGUUUGGCAUUGUAUUCAUCUUCUCAUAUUAAACGACUGAAACCGAAGUAUGCUGUUGCAAUUGGGCAGAGAUGCAUGCAUCACACCAAUAAGUAUAGUCAAAAAUUCUAUUUAUCAGUUUGUGGUUCAAACCUCACUGUAGAGUGGAUCUUUUUUCACCCUCUAGUAUUUUGUUCCUCUAAAUAGUGACAUGUUCUUAUUCUGCUUUGACAUUUCUAUGGCCGAGUUCUUGUGGAAUUUUAUACAUUUAUAAAAAUGAAAUUGCAAUAUUGUUCAAACAGCCGAUGAAAUCGUUUCCUGAGCAUUAACAUGUGGAUGUGUAAUUGUCGUCUCUGUGUUGUCAAAUAUGGAUUUUUAUUUUAUGAUAUUAUCCUCUAUCAUACCUUAAAAUGGGAACAUUUUUUUUAAAUGAGCUCGAACUGCAAAAACUCGAUGCAUUAUAUCACUUCGAACGCAGUAUUUGUUAUUUCUGCACUUUGUGAAUAUAGUUUUUAUCAUGUAUUAUAUUGCCUGUGUUCAUCCUCAAACUCACUCGAUAAGCACUUCCAGAUUUACAUGUAUGUUGUUUAUGCUUGUUCUUUAGGGGGAGAAAAAUUACUGUGUGUAAAAGAAAAAAAAAUGCUUUGUGGAUCAUGUAAUAAAUGAUAGUGAGCUGUGUGUGCAACCAAAAUAAAAAAAAAAUUGUCUU